AUGGAAACCAAGCAGUUUCCCGGUCUUUGUCCAUACUACUGUUCUCAACUGGAGGCGAAUUGUCAGGAGGCUUUAAGGUUUCUCGUCUCCCAUAUCAGCCCAGAACUUCUUGGAGACGACCUUUGUGAGAGACUUAUACUUUUGGAUGAGCAGUAUUGCUAUCCCAGCAUUCUAACAGUGGAAGAGAGUGAAGGCCGAAACCAAAUCCAACUGACAAACUCAGAGGAUUGUUUGUGUUUUGAAGAAUACGCCAACAAAUUACGUAACCCUGUUGGACUGAAAUAUCCCGAUGAUGGCAGCCGGAGGAUGUUUGUCGUCGAACAACUUGGAUGUAUAUACAUCUUGUACGAAAACAAAACAAGAGUCGAGAAACCGUUUUUAGACUUGAGGGACCGUGUUAUAAUUGAACCUAACAAGGCUGGGGACGAAAGAGGCUUGCUGGGGUUGGCUUUUCACCCUUAUUUUGCAGCAAACGGACGUAUAUUUGUAUAUUAUGUUAGCCGAGGAGUACUGAAUCGGACCCGACUAAGUGAGUUCCGAGUCUCCUCAGACAAUCCCAAUGAAGCUGACGCUAACUCGGAGCGUGUCAUUCUGGAGAUUGAUCAACCAUUCCUAAACCACAAUGCAGGGGAGCUGAUUUUUGGUGAGGACGGUUUUCUGUACAUAGCAACUGGAGAUGGCGGAGCAGCCGGUGAUCCUCACAACAAUGCUCAAAACAAAAACUCCCUGCUGGGUAAGAUGUUGCGUAUAGAUGUGGACAAGACGACUGGGGAGAGAGAACACGAACCUCGCCUGCCAUACAGUUCCCCUCAACCACCUAACCCAUUCGCCAAGGACAAAGAUGCCAGGAUGGAGAUAUACGCGUAUGGACUGAGAAACCCAUGGAGAUGCUCAAAGGAUCUUGGCGAUCCAACCACUGGGCAUGGCAAAGGUCGUAUAUUCUGUGGGGACGUUGGACAGGACGCCAUUGAGGAGGUCAACAUUAUCAAUAAGGGAGGCAACUACGGCUGGCGCGCAAGCGAAGGUUUUCGCUGUUAUGACGAGGACUUAUGUGGAAAUGUCGGUGAAGAGGAGAAGCCUAUCUACAGCUAUGACCACAGCGUGGGUAGGUCCGUGACCGGCGGGUACGUCUACCGGGGCUGCGAGAGCCCGCGACUUAACGGUAUCUACUUGUACGCGGACUACUUCGUCGGCAAGAUAUUCAGAUUGGAGGAGAAUAUUACCACGAACCAAUGGCAAAACAAGGAGAUUGACGUGUGUGGACCUGAGCUCUGUAACGAUGGCCUUAUUUCAUCUUACAACAGAAAGAUAAUGGCAUUUGGCCAGGAUCCCAAAGGUGAGGUUUACCCUACUCGCUUCCGAAACAGCUAUUUCUGGGUCGGCAGAUGGGAGCAUCUAUAA